UCCUCCCCUUCUCGAACAAACCCUAACAACAACAGACAAGAGAGAGGCAUUGCACGAUGCGGCGGUGGUGCGCCGCCGCCGGCCUCGGCCUCGGCCGCCGCCUCCUCUCCUCCUCUGUCUCCGCCCCUGCCCACCGCCCUCUUCCGGCGCACCUCAUCCCCAGCCCCAGGCCAUUGCCCUUCUCCUCCCGCCACCACCUCUUGACUCCUCCUCUGGGUCUCCAUCCCUCCUCCCCACCGCCGAUGCAAUGGCAGACGCAGCAGGUGCGCCACUUCGCCGCCAAGGACAGAUCGCGCGCGCCACGGACGCCCACCACCUCCAAGGUCAAGAAGUACAAGAUCAAGCCCCCCUCCUCCAUGAAGUUUCGAUUCAGAGUCAUGAAUGACGGCCAGGUCCGCAGGUGGAGAGCCGGCAAGCGCCACAAUGCUCACCUCAAGUCGAAGGAAGCGAAAAGAAGACUUCGGAAGCCUGCAUUAGUGCACUUAGCUUAUGCAAAAGUGAUAAAGAAGCUCAACUUCUGCAGCUAGGAAAUCAGGACAGACAUGAUGGAGUUUGGCAUGCGAGACAGAUUGAUGAGUACUGAGUGCCAACUACUGCAUUCCUCACACUGAUUUGAAAUGUUAUUUUUUUCCCAAUUGUUGUUUGAUGCAUUCUCAUCUGGUUUUGUUUUCUGCACAAUCUGGCUGAUAAAGCCCACCCGUCUUGUGCUAUGUACAAUAUUCAGCAUAAUAGUGGGAUAACUGCUGCUGGUGAAGAAAUUGGUCUUGCACACACAUCGAUUCUA